UUCUAAUGUUCCCAUACCUAAUCAUUAUUUUAUUUUUUUUCUAAUAGAAUGAAAAUGACGGUCUGCUGUGAAUAUUGCAGAAAUGCAACUGGUGCCAAACCCAGGAUUCCACUAUGCAAAUCCACAUGUUUUACUGCAGCCGAGGAAAUCAACCAGAGGAUACCAUAUAAACCGUUCAGGUCAACCAAAGGAGCAUCCAAGGCGAGGAGGGAUCACAUCAACGCUGAGAUCAGGAACAUGCGGGCCCUCCUCCCAAUUUCGGAAGAUGAGAAAGAAAGCCUGCCCUACCUGCACACCAUGUCUGUCAUUUGCAGUUACAUCAGAAAGUCUCUGUUCUGUCAAGACCUGCGCAAGGACACUGAAGAGCCUUUUCCCCUCCCGUAUGAGGAUUUUCUGCAAGCACUGCCUGGCUUUAUUGUGGCUGUGUCCAGUGAAGGGAAAUUGAUUUACAUUUCAGAGAAUGUCACUGAGUACCUCGGCUACUCCAUGGUGGAUCUAUUCCAAGGAGAAGGUUUUUAUGAUAUGAUCAAAAGUGCUGAUCUGCACAUUGCAAAAACCCAUCUACAAUCAAACUCAUUGUUGGAAACAGAACGCUCAUUUGUUUGCCGGAUGCACACUUCCAAAUCGUUUCGACUCAGACAUGGCAGUAGCUGUGCAGUGCUGGUCAGGGGCAGGUUUCAAGCUCUCCCAGGAACUCCACCCUCGCCCUCCAGCUCCGGAGCUGUCUUUGUGGCACUGUGCACCCCCACUGUGAACUGGUUACAGGACUCUGAGACUCAUUCCUACCUGCAGCGGUUUCAAAGUCACCACCUCCCUGAUAUGAAGUUUACUGACACUCCAGACAGUGUACUUUAUCACCUCGGGUAUUCUGCAGAGGAAAUGACUGGCCGGUCUUGGUACAGCUUGCUACACCCAGAUGACCUUAGCUUUGCAGCAUCCCAGCACAAACUCUUGUUGAAGGGAGAUGAAGAAUGUCAUGUUGAAAUGGUGGUGAGACUGCAGUGCAAGGACCUUUCCUGGACCUGGGUAUACAUCCGAGCCCUGCUGGAUUCGGCAAAGCAAUCUGUGACCUGUAUAAACUACAUUAUCAGUGAAACAGAAGCCACAUUUCUGCGUCAACAGAUUGACUGUCAAUCAGAACACGGAGCAGGAGUCAUUUACCAAAAAUCUGUGAAUGAGUAUCAGAAUAACGCACCAGCACCAAGCACCAAUCAGAACCACAAAGAAAAACCUGCCAAGAGCCGGAAGAGACAGCUGGAUAAUGACAUCCUGGUUAAAGAGCCCAGGAACAAGGCAUCCCGAAUUUCAGAGCCCAGCAUUUACACAUAUUACGUUUCUUGUGUUUCUUGUGUGAACAGCUCUCCAGCAGUUCCAUGCUAUACUCCCUCCACUCCACCUUACAGCCCCCAAUCAGACUGCUCAUCUUUCCUGCAGGAGGACUCAAGAUCACUGUCCUUUUCAAACACCAAUUUCCUUGUCGACACCUAUGGUGCUGUAGAAGGGUUGUUGCCGCCAGCUGGAAACUCUCCCUCAUACUACUCCAGUGAGCUUUAUGCGGUGCCUAACCAGGCUGUAGCUUCAGAACCUUUGCCAGCCAUUGAGGACAGUGCCUUCAGCCUAGGCAGCUUUAGUGGAUCUCAGGUCAUGACAGAAGAGCUGUCUCCCUCAGCCAGCGGUCCCCCUUCUCACGAUUUCUCAAGCUGCACUAAUGAUGUCCACCUGGUUCCUGAUUGCAUGACAAUGGAGGAGGUUUCAGGAGGUGUAUCAGAUUGCUGUUUUCAUUUUGAAAGCUUCAGCAUUCCUGGAAACUUUCAAGGCAACUUGAACUCCUAUAUGCCAGGCCAGAGCUCUGCUGAAGCUUCUGUGGUUCCUGGAAGCUUGUUGACCCCAGUUUCAUCACCAACAGCACAGAACAGCUUUCAGUAUAGCGAGAAAGAAAGAACAGAGAUCAGCAUUCUUGCAAGGCAGAUCUCCUGCCUAGCUUCAAGCUUUGAUGCAUAUCAGAGCAUAGACCAAGUUCUGAACAUUCCAGGUGACUUCACAAACGUGCAAGAACCCCAAGGAGACCAACAGCAAUUCUGCAGCUGGACAGACUCAGUGAUGCUUGAACCGGAAUCUGUCUUGAAUGAGGGAGUCUUUGACAGCAUCUUGAAGGAUUUGGCCACAGUUUCAGCAAAGGAAACUGAUCCCUGCUCCCCGUCUGCCAGCUGUGCUGAUCCUGAGCAAACUCCCAUGUCUGCUGUCUCAUACAGCAUGGAAAGCAACCAGCUCCUCCUGGACACAAAUACCACAGAGCCAGCUGGCUUGUCAAUUAUGCCGCUUGAAGACGACUUACCCUUGGACGAGUUCUCCACAGUUCACCCAGCAUUCGACUCCUUCAUGAUGAGGUCUGUGUGUGAUGGGUACAGCAAUGAGUUGCCUCAACUCAAUGAAUACCUGCACCAUAGCCUCCAGCAAGAUGGGAGUGUUGAAGAAUCCAUGUACUGA